AGUCCCGUUACCUCAUUGACAUUCAGUCCCAGCGAGAGAGGGAGCGAUAGAGACAGAAAGCAAGAAGACAUUAUCCAGGACAGAGAGAGCGAUUGAAAUGCACCAGUGGACACACAGACAGACAGUGUAAGUCCGUUGAAUCUCAGCGUAAUGAAGAUUUUAUAAAGUUAGAUGCGUGCGCGUAAUAUAGUGAUCAUCGAGGAGCGGCGCUAAACGGCACCAGUAUGUUAUGAACUGAAUUUGUGUUGGGAGUUUGGGAAAGACAGGGUGAGGGGUGGAAGGGGGAUUUAGUGCAUUGCAGGGUCAAACAAACUACCCCCCACCAUUGAAAGGGAAAGUAAUAGGAGGAAAAGUGCAGCGAGUAGGAAGAAGAAAAACUGAUUAAAACGGCAUAGAAACGAUGAAUAGAGAAAAGCUGUGCCUGCUGUGAUUUCGUGAAGUGUGAGGCUUAUACUGGACACUGAAGUUUACUCUGAACCUGAAGCUAAAGAGAGAAAAGAUGUCACGUUCAGAUGAGGUCAACAAGAUGACAGAGAAUGUCUAUAAAGGCAUCCUGGACCAGUUUAACCCCAGUCUGAAGAACUUUGUCACAAUGGGGAAACAUUAUGAAAAGGCUUUGACAGGAGUCACGGUCGCAGCUAAAGGAUACUUCGAUGCACUGGUCAAACUGGGAGAACUGGCCAGUGACAGUCAGGGCUCAAAAGAGCUGGGUGACACGUUAUUUCAGAUGGCAGAGGUUCAUAGACAGAUCCAGGUCCAAUUAGAGGAUGUGCUGAAGCUGUUUCAUUCAGAGCUGCUGUCUCAGCUGGAACAGAAACUAGAGUUGGACAUCAAAUAUCUAACUGCGACGCUGAAGAAGUACCAGAGUGAGAGGAAGUCAAAGGUAGAGUCUAUCGAGCGCUGCCAAUCACAGCUCAAGAAGCUGCGGAGGAAGAGUCAAGCCAGUCGUCACCCCAAUAAGUACGGAGACAGAGAGAUGCAGUAUGUGGAGUUGAUGAGUCGCCGGCAGGGGGAGCUGGAUAAUCUGGUUGCCGUUGGUUACCGCUCUGCUCUGACAGAAGAAAGGCGCCGGUACUGCUUCCUGGUGGACCGUCAGUGUUCUGUCACCAAACUCCUCACCAACUACCACUGCAAGGUAAGGGAGCUCUUGUCGCAGAAGCUGUCAUCGUGGCAACAGUCAUGCUCGCAGCCAACCAAACUACCGGAGAGAGCCCUGAACCUGAUGCGUCACACUUCCCCCCAGAGCUCUGGAGGAGCUGGACUAGCUGAGGUCCUGAGGAACGCUAAACUUGGAAUCUCACAGUCUGGAGAGCAGAGAUUGUCUGUACAGGAAGUCCCGCCUUUGUUAAAUGGUGACAGCAGCAGUCGGUCUCAGCAGCAACGGUCUGCCCCAUCUGAAAAUCUCUCCCAGUCUCUCCCGGGCCUGUCUCCCAGCUCCUCGCCUCACCAGCAGCCCACCAGCAAUGGCCACACCCACUCCAAUGCUUCAGCCAGCCUCCAACAAGUUUCUCUCCAGUCUGUAGUGAGCGUGACUGCUUUACACACCUCCCCAUCAUCUUACAGUUCCCUGCAGGGCCUCACUCCGCCCCUGACCGCCCCUCAUAGCCCUCCACUACCCCACAGUGCACCUCUCUCCCGUGCCCUCACACCGGUGCCUUCCAACCCCCUUCAAGGAGUGUCGAAUUCACCCAGUGCUUUUAAUUUGCUGAAAGGAGCAGAGGUCUACUCUACCUCCACACUACCACUGCCCAGGAGACAGCCCAGCGAGACUCGAACAGGAUUCUUUGGCUCUACUCUUCCUCGUGUGCUCCCUCUCUCUCCUCCGACUCGUGUGGAGGCUCUGUUCCCUCACUCACCUGACUCCUCAGAUGGAGAGAAAGAUGGAGAUAGAGGAGGAGGUUCCUGUUUGCUUUCCUUCCUGCCUGGAGACACUCUCAGCCUGCUGAUCAGUGAACCCAGAGACGGCUGGCACUACGGCCAGAAUGAGCGAACCGGGCGAAAAGGCUGGUUUCCCUUCUCCUACACUCAGCCUUACCCAAACACACCAGGACAACAAGAUAUCAGUCCUCCUCCCCUGUCCAAGAUGAACAGCACAAGCAUGGGGCAGUUGGACAUGCUGUCCCCUGGUGGUCACCAUCAUCAGGCCAGUCCUGACUCAGAAGAGGAGAGGAAUGUCCUAUCUCAGCGUGUCAGCACCUUCAGGCCUCGCCCCUACAGCAUGCUGAAUCCUGAAACCACCAAGAUGAAUCCACGACUUGCAGGACAACGCCUGAAGGACAGAAUAUACACUGAUUUCACCUGCCCUCCUCCGUCCCCAACCAGGACCAAUCCGUUUGCCCACAUUCGACUGAGGAAGACGGUGACCAAUGAUCGCUCAGCUCCAGUUAUACAGUAAAACCCUUGAGUGUUAACCAAAAAAAUGUUGACGGUAACAAGACCACUAAUGCCAUGCAUUGUCUACUUUAUUUCGAGACAACACUGUAUUCCUUUUAUUUUUGCAAAGAGCAUAUUCUGAAAGUGUCCAGAAUUAUAGAAUAGGCAAUUUGUAUUAGAUGGCGCCGGUGAGCUUUUACGUUGUCAGGGUCGGCAGACUACUGUCAUAUAAUACUAUCAAGUUGUUUUGGCUUAAUGAAGUGCUCAGCAAUGUAAAGAGGAUCUGUCCUAUCGCUGAUAUAUUACUUUCUUCAUUUUAUUUGAAAAACACCCAUCUGAAAACACCCAAAAAUCUGUCGCUUUCCAUACAAGCGACCCUGGUGUCCCAAAAGCUCAUCGGUGCCAUCUUGUGUAGCUAGCGAAUUAAAUCCCCCUAAUUAAAAUCUACAGUAAAUAUAAUGAAUCAGUAAAAUUGAUCAGACACUGAAUAUUUUAAAGCUAUUGUUUGGUUUGAAUGUUUUUAGUAUUAAGUGCAGAUGGAGAUGAAGAGUGUUGAAAUGACUUUGUAACAUGAUAUUGAUAAUAAUUCUUUGUUUUUAUGUAAUACAUCAAACUGCACAAUUUCAAAAAGUGGAAAAUAGAAACGAUGCCUUUCCUCUUCAGUGUUUUUGGAGAUAUCCUUGAUUCACAUUCCUUGUUUUAGAUUUACCUAAAGAGUAGAAUUUGUUCUGAGAUUUGUUCAAAGAUUUACAGUAUGUUAUCAUUUUACCCACCAGGUACAUUCCAAUGAAUACAGAAACUGCACUGCUACCAUUUUAGGCAGCUGUAAGCAGUUGUGCUUGUUUGGUACCUUUGUCAGAAUAAGUAUAAAAAAAUCUGUAGGCUAAACUAUCUUUAUUAUUCAUAAAGGAACACUUCCCCGCAAUCACUCACCGUUUACUGAUUCAGAUGUUGCUGAAUGGAAAAAGCUGUUCGAUCUUUGAAUACAACCUUUUGCUUUUCUUGGAAAAAAUGGGUCAGGUAAAAUGUGAAGAUGAGUGAAUAAUGACAUUUUCAAUGGGGGGGACUAUUUCUUUAAAGGCAGGGUGUCCGAUUUCUGAAUUACUCUUGUUUAGACAAAGUCAUGCCGAGUACCAAAACAACCUUGUAGCCAAUCAACAGUACGGUGCACAGUGCACAGAAUAGACAUUAGUCGAGCCAAGCGCUGACGAAAGCGAAAGAUCGGAGUAGGGGUAUGUCUGUUUUGGUGAUUUGAACAUCAACAACGGCUUUGAGAAAAUCGUCAUCCCGCCUUUUUGUGUACAUGCUUCACUCUUGAAAAUAAAUUUUCUUAAAAGGUGAAAUAGAAAGGUUCUUCAGAUGUUAAGGUUCUUUAUGGAAGCAUUUAGACAAAAAGGUUCUUCUAUGGCAUCGUGAAGCACCUUUAUUUCAUGUACAUACUCUUGCGAGAUACUUUUUCAAGAAAAUAUGAAGUUUGUUUUUUCCUGUGUUAUUGCAUAAAGACAAGGCAUUAUAGAGCAUUCUGGGAGGAGAAGAAAGUUUACUGGUUGGUGCAAUAAAUAGGAAGUAGGAUUUAUGAGUGGUUAAAUGGAAAAGUGAAGUACUGUGUUAAAUACAGUAGGGGUUUUGGAAAGAUUUUUGAGGAGGAAAGUAUUGUUCAAGUCUGAAAGGCUCUCGUCUUUUUUUCCCUUUGUUCCCUUCAGCUGUCUUAUAUAUUUAUGUAUUCUAAAACUUUAAAACUAUAGCUUGUAGUCCUGAGUUUCAGCAGAUGAAGGCAAUACAGAGAGGAAUUCUGAAGAGAAGCAAAGAAAGCUCUUGAAUGUUGAGAUGUGAUAGAGAAUGUGACUGUGGUAAAGCACUGUACCUAUAGGUUUAUUAAAAAAUAUUCCUCUUUACCCACCUUUUUCGUGGGAUUAUUUCCGUAUCUGUAUAUUUGUUUCCAAAUUAUUACGGUUGAAAGAAUUGCAUUUAUACUGGCAUAGCUUUAAUUAUAAUAUUAAGGCUCAUAAAAGACAUAAGCUUUGAUAUCUUCAAACAUAAACUUUAAGUUGCAUUUAAAAUGUUUCUAUUAUACAGAGAUAUUUAAGGGAGAAAAGCAAAAAGGUCUCCAUUAGAGCUUCAACAUGUUUAUUGUGCAAAAGAUGAUUUAUCCAUGUCAAGACAGAAUGAUUUAAAAAAAAACUUUUACGUUUUUCCUCAUAUGAGCUUUUGAAAAAAACUUUAACAGAUCAGUAUCUCUGUUCUUCAUUUGAUUAAUGACCUAAUUAUACUGCAGAAUCAUAAAUCUUUUUAAUCCUUAAACUUUAUUUCCACAUUUAAAUGAGCAAUUCCAGGUUUUCAGCGUAGUCUCGGACUUGGAUGUAACUGUAUGUUAUUUCAUAAUAUUAUCUCUAUGCUAUCUUUAUUAAACUUUGUUUCUAUUUUUAUUGUACUUAUCCUUAUUUUCCCAGAGAACCCUGCUACAGAGAACUGGCUGAUCUCAUUGGCUUUAAUUCGUACAGUCACUAACAGUUACAUAUUAUACAUUUCGAGUAGGAGUGUAUAGUCCGUCACUACUUGUUCUUAAAAUGUUUCUAAUUAAACUCUUAAAAGAGGCAUGAAGUCAGCUGCAGGAUGCUCAGGGUGAAAGUUUUUGCUCAGGCAAGCACAUAACUACAAUAUAUUUGUUUUUUGCUCAGAUGAGUAUUGUAUUUGUAGGCACUAUGGAUCAGUCAUAUAUUUUGUUACUCUUAAAUGAUGUAACUUUGCUAAUUGUAUCCUUGUAUUUGUAUCCUUGCUAAUUGUAUUUGUAGGCACUAUGGAUCAGUCAUAUAUUUUGUUACUCUUAAAUGUUGUAACUUUGCUAAUUUGCUCCUUGAAUCUCCAGUUCUAGACUCAAUAAAGUUAAUCUCUCUCA